AUGCAUUCAUCAGUGUCUACCUCCAAAACUGUAAGAAGCCGGCCAGCCGGAACGCGGGGCUUGAUGCCGAGCCCGGAUGCCGGAGGUGAGGGGCGGAAGCGGAAGCGCAACGCCGCUGAGGGUAGCCAACGCUCAGCUGUUUACGGUGAAGAAUAG